CUUUGACCCGUUGACCGUCUUGGACCUGCUGGCCCGAUAGGUGGAGUAGUGACACGGGUAUUGCCGGCAAGACAACUCUACAAACAAGGUUCAAAGUAAAAUCUGUCGACUGGCAGUACAACCAUGGGGGCAACGAAGAAACAAAAGACGCCAUCCAAAGACGUUACCUUGAAGAAAAUCAAAGGAGAAAAUUUCUAUCGCAAUGCAAAACAAGCGGCACGCGUGAAAAUGCUUUCAGGCGGAAGGCCUGUCCGCGACAAAGACGGGAAGAUAAUUCAGGCCGCCGAAUUUCAGAAGGGGGAAAACGAAACGAAACCCGGUCGUGUGCAGCCUGAUCGCAGGUGGUUUGGGAACACGAGAGUUAUCUCCCAGUCGGCCCUUGACCACUUCAGAUCGAGUUUAUCAACUAAAAAAGAUGAUCCUUAUUCCGUUCUUUUGCAUCGGAAUAAAUUACCUAUGGCAUUGCUGGAUGAUGCAGCCAAUCCCAACUUGCACAAGCGCUCGCAUAUAGUAGACACAGAACCGUUCAGCGAUACUUUCGGGCCAAAGGCCCAGCGCAAACGUCCGAAGCUUGACGUGGGAUCAUUCGAGGAGUUGAGCAAGGUCGGCGCCGCGGCCCUCGAAGAGGCCACGGGGAGCUCCUCCGAUGGAUUCCAGUCCGCUUACGCCGAUCAAAGUGACCCAAUCUUCGCAAAGGGAACGUCGCGGCGGAUAUAUGGCGAACUGUAUAAAGUCAUAGAUUCGUCAGAUGUUAUUUUGCACAUUUUGGAUGCCCGUGAUCCCAUUGGUACGAUGUGCGAGUCUGUACUAGAGUUUUUGAAGAAGGAGAAAGCUCACAAGCACGUUGUACUGGUACUCAACAAAUGUGAUUUAGUUCCCAACUGGGUCACGGCACGAUACAUUCAACACCUCACCCCAAGGUAUCCCACCAUCGCCUUCCAUGCAUCGCCGAACCAUUCUUUUGGGAAGGGUGCUCUCAUCCAACUAUUGCGUCAAUUCUCGCGACUUCAUUCGGAUAAGAAGCAGAUCUCGGUCGGGUUUAUGGGAUAUCCCAACGUUGGAAAGAGUAGCAUCAUCAACACUCUCAAAAGCGGAAAAGUUUGCCGUGUCGCACCCGUUCCUGGAGAAACUAAGGUGUGGCAGUAUAUCAACCUUACCAAGCGCAUAUACCUCAUCGACUGCCCUGGCAUUGUCCCCACCUCAGCACAUGACUCAGAAACCAGUACCGUUCUGAAAGGCGUGGUACGCGUAGAAGCAUUGCCGAGCCCCUCGGAACACAUACCCACACUCAUGGAACGAAUUAAGCCCGUGUAUCUCUCGCGGACGUACGGCGUGCCUCUUCCAGACCCGGACAACCCGAGCCGAGGAUGGGAAGCUGAAGAUUUUUUGAAUACACUGGCUCGGAUGAAGGGACGUUUGUUGAAAGGCGGCGAACCUGAUCUGGAUGGUGUUGCCAAGAUUAUGCUGAGCGACUGGGUUAGAGGACGCAUACCUUUUUUCGUUCCUCCUCCUGAACGACCCGAGGCACUUAACGACGCUGAGGCCAAGGCGAAACAGAGACGCAAAGGGAAGGAGAAGGCGGAGGAAACAGCCGUACAGAGCGUGAAGCAGAACCUUCAGUCAAUCACGCAAAAGUGUACAUUCCUCGCUGAGGAUGUGGUUCCACUGGAGAACGAGGGUGACGCUGUCAAUAACGCAGACGAAGAGGGUUCGGAAGGUGAGUCGAGUGAAUCCAAACCCACCAACGACGAAGAGCAGUUGUCGUGGAACGACGUGUUCCAAGAGGAGGAUCUGCUGAUCGGAAACCAAGAAAUGGCGGAAGAUGCGUCUCCGUCUAUUAAAGGGGAAGUUUCGGAGGAUGAAGAUGUAGCAGGCGGUAGCUCACCGCGGAAACGAGAGUCUUAGAGGGAGGUAUUAAUUAGAUGCCCGAAACGUCCAUGAUCUGAUCUCGGGGUAUUUUUGUUGUCGAUCUGAGGCAAAAGCCAACUCGUCCAUUUCUGAGUUGGUAUGACCAACUAUUUCCGUGAUGAGCGAGAUUAGAAUGUACACAAGCUGCGAUAAUCCGAUCCAAAGCAGACCUUCUCACGACGUGUUUUCAAACCUUGAUUACGCCCAACCUCAUCAGCC